CGUGUAAAUAGUGGGCGUGCCAGGCUGCGUGAGACGCAUGCGCACGAGAGGAAAGCGCAGGCAAGAUGGCGUCGGAUGCUGCGGUUGCUAUGAAGCCAGGGAGGGGUAGGCCGUGAGAUACAGGCAGGGAAGAGCGCGCAGCAACUGCCUCUCCUCCCUCCCACAAUGAACUGAGCUGAGGUCAGUCGGGGACACACAGGCGCCUGCACCAGGACAAUGAGGAUCCCCCUCAAUAUAAGAGCUACGAUGCCUCAGGUAUGUGAGUCCAGACUAGUCCGGGGCAGAGACAUCUCGUCGGUCAGCUCACAGUCAAAGGGCACCGGCAAAGCUUUAAGUUCCCAUCGUACGGUGAACACGGAACGACUGAGCUCCGCCUACAGCAAUGGAGUUUCAUCGGCACCCAAGCUGCGCCCGUUGCCCCCGAGACCCACAGUUGAAGAAAAGGGGAAGGUGGAUCGGGGUGGCAGUUCCCAGUGGGCAGAGUCUUCCCGCUCUUCCUCCAGUAAGCGAGGACCCCUGAAGGGCGACCACAUGCUCAGAGUAAUAAACUCUGCCCAAUGCACCAAAGCAACGGGCCAAUCAGAAGAGAGCAGAACGGGCAGUUUGUCUCGGUCCAAGUCUGUGAGUCAUGGGGACCUGAGUGCCAGUCGGGAGAAAACAGAGGAGGUGAUUAAACACUUGGCGCGGGUGCAAUUGAGGGAACGCAGUGCUUCUUCUACCAGGCGCCCAUUGCUAGACACAUCCCUGCUCAAGAGAAGCAGCUCACUCAAGCGACUCCAUGUUCUGCCUGUUGUGGAGUCGCAACAGAAACUUGAUUCCUCUUCUUCUUCUUCUUCCCGGCUUGGAGGUUGUACCAAGGCAUGUGCCCUGCAGCAGCAUGAGGAGAAUGGGCACUACCAGCUGGGGAGGUCCUGUAAUACUUCAGCCAAUGAAAGUCCCCUGUGUAAUGGUAUCAAGGCUCAAGAUCGGCCCCUGUCUGUCACGUCUCCUCCUCCUCGCCUUCCUGCCCUCGGCUCGGGUCACGUUGGCCUCCGGAAUUUAGGGAAUACGUGUUUCAUGAACGCCGUGCUGCAGUGUCUGAGCAGUACCAAGCCUCUACGUGACUACAUUCUGCGUCUGGAAUACCGACAUGAACAGCCGGGCAGCUGCAAGGCCCAACAAGAGCUCACAGAAGCCUUUGCUGAUGUCAUUGCCUCUUUAUGGAGUCCGGAUCCCCCAGAUGCUGCAAACCCGGCACGGUUAAAGUCAGUCUUCCAGAAAUAUGUCCCGUCUUUCACCGGCUACAGCCAACAAGAUGCUCAGGAAUUCCUUAAAUUCUUUAUGGAUCGGAUUCACGUGGAAAUCAAUCGGAAGGGCAGGAAAACUCCCAGCAUUCUGUCUGAUGCCAAGCGCCCCGCAGCACUGGAACAUCAGGAUUCUCUCAGUGAUGAUGAACGAGCCAAUCAGAUGUGGAAGCGUUACCUGGAGAGAGAAGAUAGUAAAAUAGUGGAUCUGUUUGUUGGCCAGUUGAAGAGUUGCCUUAAGUGCCAGUCUUGUGGCUACCGCUCCCCCACAUUUGAAGUCUUCUGUGAUCUGUCUCUUCCUAUCCCAAAGAAAGGGUUUGCGGGGGGCAGGGUGUCGCUGCUUGAUUGCUUUAACCUGUAUACAAAGGAGGAGGAGCUUAACUCUGAGAAUGCCCCGAUCUGUGAUCGCUGCCGGCAGAGGACGAGGAGCACUAAGAAGCUCACAAUCCAUCGCUUCCCCCGAAUCCUUGUCCUGCAUCUUAACAGAUUCUCCACCACCCGCUUCUCUAUAAAGAAAUGCUCCGUCUCAGUGGACUUCCCUCUGCACCGGCUCAACCUGAAGGAGUUUGCCAGUGAGAAGUCUGGGAACCCUGUGUAUAACCUGUACGCAUUGUGCAACCACUCGGGCAGCGUUCAUUACGGCCACUACACCUCCUACUGCAAGACCCAGUCCAGCUGGUACUCCUACAACGACUCCCGCGUGUCUCCCAUCAGCGAGAGUCAGGUCCAGUCCAACGAAGGUUACGUUCUCUUCUACGAACUUGGCGACGCCUGCUGGAAACCCUAACCUAUCAGGAGGAGGAGCUUAGCAAUGGGGGCGGUGCUUCGGAAGGAAAGAUCCGCCCCUUGUAUCACUGCAUCAGAACCAGGGACCAUUGGACUGGAGUGGGUUGGGGGUUUAGAAGUGAAACUUAAGCAAUAAACUCAGACUGCACCCUGAUCAUGUGACCAAUCCAAUGACCUAUCCCUGCUUUUGUGAUAUCCCACAGUCAUGUGAUGUCUGUAACCCCCCCCCCUUUACCCUGCAGCCUAUAUUUAUGUCUAAACAAGCCCUUCCCAAUCAGGGAAUGUUGGUGCACUACAACUCCCAGCAUGCUUGGUUGUAUAUUUGAAAGAAUGCUGGGAGUUGUAGUUCAGCCCAAGGUAAAGAACUAAGGUGUAGAUAUGGGCUGCUUACUGCCCUACAGGUGCCCAUACUCUGUCCCCAGCACUCCACGUGCUGAUCUCAGUCUCCUUUAGCUCUGCGGGGGCGUGUUAAAUGUAAGUCCCUCCCCCGAGGAAACAACAUUGCGUCUUAUUUAAGUUUUUACCAAAAUCGUUUGGAUUUUACUUUUGUUUUGUAAGGUUUGUUUGUACAUAAGGUGUUAACGCAUCGACCUGUCACAUUUGUAAAUACCUGAUAAUGGAAUUAUAUAAAUAUAUAUAUAUAUAUUAACUUUUAACAGUAAAUUUACUACAAAAAUGG